CCUCCCUCCGUACCUCCCCCCCCCGUUCGGGCGGGCGCGGGGUGUCUCGGCCCGUUGCACAUCUUGGUCUACGCGUGCACGUCGAUGACGCUCUGCGGCGGCCACGGCGACAGGCUGAACGGGAUGCUCGGCGCGGCGGUCGUGGCCCUGCUCUCCGGCCGCGCCCUCUUCAUCGACUCCCAGCGGCCGGUGCCCCUCGCCCUGGUGCUGGAGAGCCCCGCCUCAUCGACUGGCGCCUCCACGGCACGCAGGCUGCCCUGCCCGCCGCCUUCAACUGGAACGACGACCUCGCCGGCUUCGAGGCGGACCCCGCGCGCAUGCUCGAGAGCCAGGCCCCCGUGCUGCGCCUCGUCUCCAACCAGCGCCUGACGCCCGCCGCGCUGCGCGCCGCGCCGCAUCGCGCCGCCGCCCUCGGCCUGACGCCCGAGCCGCGGCUCCACGCCCGCCUCUUCGAGGCGCUGUUCCGGCCCUCGCCGGCCUUCGCCGCGCGCCUGCGGGCGCGCCGGCUCCCGGAGGGCCGCCGCAUCGGCAUCCACUUCCGGGCCGGCGACCAGAUGCCCCAGCGCUGGGCGGACCCGCCGCGGCACGCGCUCGGGGAGAUCGACGAGUUCCUCGACUGCGCCGCCACACUGGAGGCGGCCCUCGGCUGGGAGGCCACCUUCUUGCUCUUCGCCGACACCGACCGGGUCCUGGAGGCCCCGAGGGUGGCCGCGCUGAGGGCGCAGGGCAAGCUGGUGUGGCCGGCGCAGUCGGACAACUUGAUCCAUUUGGACCGACCGCUCUCCGGCCACGCUCUCGGUCCGGGGCCUGCUGGGCACGUGGGCGGACUGGUGGACCCUGGCCUUCGACGUGGACGCGCUGGUGCUCUGCCAGAGCGGCUUCGGCGCCACGGCGCUGGAGAUCGGGCCGCCGCGGCCCGCGGCGCUUGGCGGGGGCUGCGCCUGGGCCGACGGGAGCACCGGCUGAGCGCGUGCGCCCCGCGGCGCGGGUCGGGGCGACCCUGCGGGAGGAAGGGAGCAUGGUUUCGAGCGCGCGCGCGCGCGUUCAGCGGGCCUUCUUGGGCGUCUUCGCGCCGGUUCCUGGCGGUGUUCUUGCCUCGGACUGCG